GCUCCGACGCACUGCAUGUGUUGUUCCUGCGAGCAGGGCUGCUCCGGGAGCCUGAGCGGCUCUGCGAGCACAGGGGCUGCUGCGCGCAGGAGGGCUGCGCCUAUUGCAGCGGGUGCUGCAUUCGGGAGCAGCGGCAGGAGAAAGCGGCAGCGGGGGAAGCUCCCGGCACGAACAGCCCCAGGAUGAUUACUGUUCUCUCGUGUUGAUGUUGUUUUUGAGCCGGAGUAGGACGCUGACUCCUGCUCUGCUGUUACACAGGAGAAACAACCCUGAGCUGCAGAAUGAAUUAGUAGCUAACACCACGAUUACUCUUAGCGGUUAGCGCAAGUUGUGGGAGGGAGAAAAAUGGGAGAGGAAGGAAAAAAAACCCCAUUUAAUGCUGCCUAGGGAAUACCGUGGAAUUUAGAACAGAUACCGUUGUAGACUACCAGCAUGCCUGACUGCACUUGACUUGAAUCGCUGGGAAGCAGCCUCAUGUUGUAUCAUUUAAGGCUGAAGGAAGAACAGCAGAAUAGUGAUGGAUUUGUGUACAGUGUUUCUGCGUAAAUGGAAAAUAAUAUAAAGAUGGUGGUAUGUAAUUUGUAUUUUAUUUUUAAGAAGAAUUUAAUCCAGGUAUGUAUGCUCUUUGUAUUUUUGUCUAGUCUGCAUACAGUUUUUGGUUUCCUUUGUUUCCUUUGCUUAUUUUCAUUCUGAAUGUACCUCCUGCUGUUCUUGCUAAUGCAAUGCAUUCAUUGAUUUGUAACUGAUUUGCUUUCUAAUGCUAUAAUGUUGAUGAAACUGUCUGGGCUUCUGACUUCAUUAAAAACCGGAGGAGGUUAUUUUGUAAGGUUGGUAACUUUACAGUGUAAGCUGAGUAAGAUAGUAUGGUGUUGGAUUUUUCAAUGAGUUGGUAUGUUUAAAUUGAUAUUAAAAUAUAAAAAAAUAAUUAUAUUAAUAUACAGUGAAAGUACAGUAUGUUUUGCUUAUUUAUGUCAGUACCUUUCUCCUAAUUUGACAGGAUUAGUAAUAAAUUGAGCUUUACAGAUGCUUAUGUAUUUCUGGGUCUUGAUUAAUCUCCAAGAUGAACACCCUGCAGCUUUCUUUUGAAGAGGCAGCUUGCUUAGACUACAUGUUUGAUUCCGUUCCACAGCUAAAUCUGUCUUAGAGUACCCUUUAUUAUGUACUCCAAGCCACAACCUAAAAAACCACCAUAACUAUUUCAUAGGUUUUUGUGCAUGAUUUUAAAAGAUAAAAUUAGUAUUUUUCCUCCUGAAAUUUCAGAGGCCAAUAGUAGCUGAAACUAUUUUCUUACUAUGAGACUGGUGGUCAUUUUGCUUUAAGAGGAAGAAUUAUGCAAAUAUAAAAAUAUGACUGCAUUGUUUAGCCCUCACCUUUCUUCAGUCACUUGCCUCCUUUUGCAUUUUCUUAAUAUAUUCUUUCAUCUGACAUGUAAGCAGUGAAAUAGAGCACAAGGCUAUGUGCCCUUAAACUAAGGACACUGAUAGUUGUCUUAUAAAUGGCUAGUAAAAAUGUAUUAAAACACUUAAUGUUUAUUUGAUUUUUCAUUAGUCUUGAAAUAUCUUAAGGCAUUCUGCUGCAUUUGUAAUUUCAAUGCAGUCUAGUUAUAAGUAAUAUUUUUCUUAAUAACGUGUUGAUCUAUAAAGGUCUAAUAUUAGUUCUAGCAUCAUAAUACUGUUGUUAACCCCUGGCUGGCAGGAACUCUUACGCCUUAAAAACAUUAACUGAAGUAACAUCAGUUGCUUUCUGAUGUGAAAAUGAAACUGUCUGUAAAGUUGUAGCCAUUUUUCAGAGAGGGUGGCACUAUACUUGCUUCCUGUUGGUGAUUAUAUAAAAUAGAUGCCUUUCUUUAGGAUAAUACACAACUAUGAUCUGGUAAUUAAAAAUUACCAGAUACUUGAUACAUACAAAUGUUCUAAAAGUCAGUGCUAAAUCUUACAAUCUAAACCAACAAACAUAGUGAGAAAAGCAGUGAGACAAUGCUGUUGAGUCUAAAAGCACCAAGAUGAAUGAUAAGUAGAAUUUAAGGUUUAAAGCAUGUUUCAUUCAUCACAAUUUCCUUUUGUAAGGGAUAUAAUGUUAGGAAUUAUGAUUAUGAAUUAAGAUUAGCUGUCAUCUCAGAGAAAAAAGCCAUGAUGUAAGAUAAAAGAUGGUUCUGUAAGGUGAAUGUGCACAACUUAGAGAAUUGCAUAAAGGAUUUCUGUCACUAUACCAUUUGCUUGAUCCUGCAGUGAUGUCAGCACAUUAUCAUAAUAACUAUAUGUUACUGUGAAAACACUUAAGAAAUCUCAGGUAAAGUACUGGGAUUCCAGAGUGUUACACAGUAGGAGAAUACUCAUAGCUCAGAAUAUCUCCCAAUUCAUUAAAGCACCAAUGAGGACUGAAAAUUCCAAAUUUUCCUUUUUCCUUUCCGAAUUUUCCUUUAGUGUUAUGAAAAUGCGGGGAGAAUGUAGUAUUAAUAGCUUCUGCCUUGUGAGACCAUUACAGCUCUGAAGCCUAAAAAUUCUUUGGCACCUAAGAAGUUGUUACACUGGUUUUAUUUUUCUCAUUUGUGUCAUUCACUUAGGUUGGUAACAGAGGUUCUUGCUUUCAGGUGCAAAUCUGAGUAUCACACUUGUCAGUAUAUGAAGUAAAGACAGCAGAGGGUUUUCUUAAUAAAAUUUUUGGAGCAAAUUUAGAAAUAUGUUUAAUGUCUACCAUCCUUAUCAGUGAAUGUGUUUCAGGUGUUAAGCAUGGUUUCUAUCUGUGUCUGCCUACUCAUCCUAAUGUAUGUUGUUGUCAACAGUACUUGUAGUCAUUUGUGCUUGUGGUAUUUUUCAAAUCAAAUAUUGCACAUGAUUGCUACCAUUUUUCAAAUGAAAGACCACUUCAUCAAAAGCUUCCCUUUUCAUAACUUUUUGUUCAAAAACUUUGAUGUUACUAUUAGUUUAAUAGGUUUUAGAAAAUAUGUAAAAUCUCUGUAUGCAGAGGAAUGGAAUCCAGAGGGCUUAAUUUGCCCAUAUAAAGUUGUUCUCUUACUUGUAAGUAGUUAAAAAAAAUGCCCCCAAACCCUAAAGAAAGAAAAAAAAUCAAAGCUGUAGAGUGAUGUAGUGCACAUGUGGUCACUGAGUUCAUGGUAAACUGUCCAACAGAAAUCUAAUUUAGGGCAGUGUGUUGCCCAUUCCAAGGCUCGGGCCAGUACAGUUGGAGGAUUAAAAUUCUUAUCUGAAAGAAAAUGGGAUUUUUUUUUUUUAGUUAUAUUUUCUGAUGGAAUUACUAUCCUGACAAGUUGCUGAAUUUUUUGAAAUGUUAGUAUCAAAAGAAACUUAGAGUACACUAAGUAUACUGCAAAUACAAACUCUGCAUCUAUGUUAUGCUUCAGUGUAAAUUAAAUCACUUGGGUUCCCAGGGUAUAAUGUUUAAAAGACCCUCUAUUAAAACGCAGGCAAAACUAGGGACAGAACUGAGAUUAAGUAAAAAUGCAUGUUGAUACAUUCUGUUUUUUAAUAGGCACUAAAUAGGUUCUGAUUAUUAUACAGUAGCUCUUUUAUUUAUGGCAAUCUGACAUAAUAGCAAGCUGGUAAUAGUCUAACAAUACUAAUAUGUCCAGUACUGACUUAGUUAUACAAAAAUCUCCAUAUAGUCGGCAAAUAACUUUUUCCUCCCCAAGUUUUCCAUUCCUUUAGUAGUCUGCAUUUAAAUAUAAAUGAGCUAUUUGGUGAAAUUCUCUCAAAUCUUAGCAGUUUUUGUACUGAGUAUUGACUAAAACCAAGUUUUUGUAUAGGACAGCAUAUAUCAUGUAUACAGCUGUAAGAGGGGGAAAAGGUCAUUAUUACCACCUGGUUAUACACUACAGUGCAAUUUUAUUUUUUUUUUAGUUAAAAAGUCAAGGAAACCACUAGAAAGAUUAAAGAGAAAGAGGUCAGUACAUUUAGUCAAAUAACAUUGAAGCUGUUAUCCAAAUCAUUUCAAGUCACCUACAUUAUCUAUUGUCUCUCCAAAUGGCCCCAGUUUACCUUUAGAAUCUGUUCUGUAGCUUGUUACAUCUCAGUAGUAAUCUACUGUAUUUGGUACAUCUCUUCCUCUGUUUUCAGUCUAGUCAUGGCCAUUGACCUUUAAGAACAGUUGUUUCAAUUACAAGUUUUCAUGUUUGUAAUGUAAAUGCCACACUAUAGAUUUGUUUCUAAGGAAAUAGUGUUCUAAAUGCUUUCAACAGUCUUAGUAGUAGUUAAUAAAGAAUUGAAUUGCAAUUGCCUCAGUUGCCUUAACAACUUUGUAGAGAAAAAUGUAAAUAUUACAAAGGCGUAGAGAAUAGUGUAACUAAAAAUGUAAUUUUGCAAGUUAUUGUAAAAUAGUGUGAUUUUCUUCAAUUUGUCUGUCUUCAACAGUAAUUGCAAAGAAACCCCCCAUCUUUUAUUGAACAAGAAAAUUCCUCUCUUUUUCUAUAGUGGUUAGAGUAGUAGGGAAGCAGCGAAUAUGACUUUUCUGUCCAGAAAAAUUACUCAUCCUAGCUUGCUAGGAGCUUACAUUUUCUUCUUGGUUAAUCCAAAAACAAUGUGCUUCUAUACAUUACAAAGUAGUUUAAUGGCAACUGCUUAACUACUGAGUUAAUUCACUAAUGCACAAAGUUCUAUAUAUUAUUUCUGGGUUAGUCAUUCUAAGUCAUAAUAAGCCAGUCAGGUUUAACCGUGUGCUGUUUCCACCUUUUUUCCUUAAACUCUGUUAAGUUGUAUGCUGAUAGAAGAGAUACAGAAUAGACAUGAACAACCAGUCUUGCAGUAUGAUUGUUGAAUUUUUAGGUUGGAAGAAUCUGUGGUGUGCCCCAUGAAUAUAUGUGCAACCUCCUCAGGACAGCAGUAGGCCUUGUAGGUUAAAAAAUUAGCAGAUUAUAGGGUUUUAAGAUUGGGGUUUGAAUCAGCAGUUUGGUGGUUAGUUUUACUUUUUACAUUCUCAUAAAUAGAGAAGGCAACAUGUUCUGAGGGUAUUUGGAUAUGCAUAAAUAGCAUGAUCUAUAAAGAGAUAUUAGCAGGUAAAUAAGCAGAUAUAGUAAAUUUUCCAAGUAAUUUCGAAGAAUAAGAAUAUCUUCCUAGCCAAAGGGUGAGAGUGCUGAUAGUGCUCCAUGCUGGACUCACAACAUCCAUGUGUGAAUGUUGGAGGGGCUGAAGGGAUAGGCAAAAGUCUGCUGCUGUGAAAACCUGAGGAAUUCUUGGAGCAAAGAGUAGUUAUCCAAAAGAGAAAGCAGGUCUCUUCAUUGCUCCCAUCCCUGCCUCUGGUCAGGGUCUUCAGGCAGGUCAUCCUUGUAGCAUAUGCAGUGUUAAGAAAAGUGUCAUUUUACCUUGAGAUUCACAAAUUACACAAAUUAAAAAUGUGAGUAGUUAAAACUACAGGGAGAAUUUGGGAAUAAUAUAAAGGACCAGAUAAGUGCUCUAAAUUAAGUUCUUCUGAAUUAGGUUAGUUGAGAUGAUUGUCAAUAUACUGUUCCUGUUAUAGUAAAUUAAUGAAGCAAUGUGGAGUGUACACUGUUCUUGCUAAUGCAAUGCAUUAGCAAAAACUAAUAAUGCUUGUCAAAAGAAGGGAGCAUAGGUUUCACCCAGCAGACCUGGGCUGAGGGCAAGUACUCUUAUGACAAGAUAACCUUAAUCCCAGGCAAGCAUAAAGACUGGUAAAAGACCAUAAUUAAUAUGUCUGUAUAUCUGAAUUCUUGAUCCCUUAUGUUCCUGAUGGUAAGAGAACCUCUCUUAGUCUCAGUUUCUGCAGAUGCAGGGUAGACUGUUUGCACUUUUUUUUUUUUUUGGUAUGUUUAAUUAAUUAAUUUCUAAUGAGUAUUUUGCAUAUCACAAAAAUAUGUUUCUGUCUAUAGACUCUAGUGACUAUUUUGGCAGCAAUACAGACUAGUAUUGCUGCAGAUGAAGAAUUCUUGGUUUUGUUUUGGUUCCCCCUACCAUCUUGGUGUUGUCAACAUGAACUGUCAUAGGGUAUUUUGUAGAGAGAAACUGCACUUCAGUCUCACCUUCUUGCCUGCCCCCUUUCAAUACACACAGACCCCUUGUAAUUGAUUAAUAGUGUGAAGGUUAAGCAAGGCUAUGGUUCUGCCUGGCUCUUGCUUUAUAAGAGGACAGUCUGCAUCCAAAAAGCGACUUCUAACUGGAGAGAGCUGCUGCUCUGCAGCUUCAUUUACUAGCAUCUGAACAGAAGCUGAGCAGUUAUCUAGCUAUUCUAUUUAAAUACUAAAAUUAUAUUUUUAAGAUGAUUCACUUGUUGUUUUUUUUUUUUGUAAAAAUAAAGGGCUGGAUUUGUUAAAAUAGUUUUUUGAAAUAGGGGUCUGAUGUUCAGAUAUGUAACUAAAAUGCUCUGUUUGCAUUAUUUAAAAAGCUAUCAUUUUUAACUCUGCCCACUCCUCCCCCCUUCUACCUUACACAUUAGUUUUAGAUUUGGAAGAAGAUCCUUUAUAAACUAUGCUUCCAACUGACAUUUUUAUUUUGGCAAUGCUUUGUAAUCAAUAAAUCCAGUUGAAUAUGCUUGAAACUGUUCUACAUUAUGUGUUCGCCAUCAGGUUGAUUGACAAAGUUAUUUUCAGACUUGCUAUGGGUCAAAAGUUGAUGGAUGUGUCAGUUUGUCCUUUCUUUGUAGAAGGACCCCAUUAAGAAUUUAUUUUAGUUCUAGUCUCAUAAUCCAUAAUGCUUUCUAGUUUCUUGCUCUAUUACCAUCUGGCAUAAAGUCCAUACCUUACUGCUGUAAUAUUUCAACAUGAAUCCUUAUGAGUUGAAUUUCAGCAUAAAAACUGUUUUCAUUCAAUAAAUAAGCAAAGUAAGAAUUUAAAAAAUUAGGUCAUAAUGGUUUAUCUGGAGACCUGGAUAAAAUGAGAAAGAACAAAGUCAAUCAUUUGAAUGAGGUGCAAGUUGUCAUUUGGAGACUAUGUGCUUUUUGAGAAACCCAUCUUAUGGAGUUUUAACUUUACAUGGAUUUAAAAUGUUAAGAACAACCCUUGCAAAUCUUUACAGAAAGAAAUGGAUGAGACCUGUAAUGAUUCAAACUUGAUUCCAUGUGUAGACUUACUAUUGUAGAAAAUGAGUUUUUGACAGAGCAAUGGUAGGCUGUAAACUGAUUAACAGAUCAUAUGACUAAUACAGCUGAGAUGGAAUAGAACUCGCAUGAGAGAACAUAAAUCUGCUCCAUUUAGCAGAUCUCCCUGUGUUUGUAACAGUACAGCUUUUAAUUCACUAUGGCGUUGUCAGAAACUGGGUUUAAAUAAAUUCAGUUCUGAAUGUUCAGCUGUUUGUAAUACUUUCAGUUAACUCUGAUAAAAAGCCUUGGUUAAACGCCAGGUAAAACACACACACGCGCGCACACACGCACACGCACAUAUAUAUAUAUGUGUGUGUGUGUAUGGCUUGCUAUGAAAUCAAGAUUCUUCUGCAGAGAAGCAUUAAACCUUAUUUAAAGUAAGUGGAAAUGUUCCAGAUUCCAGUGAUAACUUCAUUAUUUCUUGAUGCUUUUUAGAUUGAGACAGGAAACAAGCCUUCUGGCUUGUCUAUACGUUGUUGAUUUGAAGUCAUUUGAAGCAUGUCCAAGUCAUCUAAGUGGAGUUUAUAUAAGAGAGCAUUUAAAAAUCUGUGACUAUGUGGGCAAAGGAGGUAGGCAAUCACACUUCAGAUCUUGUUCAAUAAAUGGUUACAAGCAUUCAGUGUAAGAGCUGAAUGGUUAACAAGUGUUUCUACAUCCAGAAACAUGCCUUUGACGUUGAAAAGUGUCCCAAGAUGGUUCCUUUCUCUACUAAUAAUAUGUGAGAACAAGGCAGCCUUGGCUCUAGUGAAACUUCUCAAUAUUCUGAGAGAUGUCGUUUGCAUUUCUUGAAAACUGCAUGCAGUCUCAUUGGCCAUUCUUUUGCUUCGAAGUAUUGCUUGCUCUUAAUUCAGUCUUGAUGCUUUAGGCAUAAGCCUAUAUGAAAAAGUGGCAAGGACUGUGCUGAUGCCUGUGUGUUAAAAAUAUGAUUCAUGUCCCCCAGAUAUUUAAUCUUUUUAUAAAAUAAUAAAUAGACACUUUGGCAAGAGUGAAGAAUGUUAUCUAUUCUUCUGCUCACUCUGCAUCCCAAUUUUGUUAUAACUGGAAAGGAAAUAAGUCUGUUUACAUCCUCUGUUCCAGGAUUCCAGAAGCCACCCAGGCUUUUAGCAGCUUUUCCUGUGCUCUGUGCAGAACAGUGCAUUUUGCCGCUGCAGUAUUUAUGAGGGUUUAGCGUUUAUUAUUUACCUUUACAUAUGUGUAUAUAUGUAAUGAAUAAAUAUAUAGAGUGUAAUAGCAAGGUCAGUGAAGACAAAUUAUGCAAUGCAAAGACCACAUCUUGAGGUAUGUCAGUGGAUCAUGAUGUUUCAUAGAGUGCCAAGAUGUUUGCAGACAAGGACAGUUCAUAUUAUCUAUUCCUCUUCAGACACCACAGAGCAAUUUUUAACCCUUUAUCUAAACAGAUUUCUUAGUCUGCCAAAGAAUGUUUAGUUGCUUUAAGAAUCAAAAUGGCCAUUUUAAGAACUUCUUUGAUGGAUUUUUCAGAGCUGGAUUUUUCUGAGCUGGUUGCCUUGUUUAUUAUUCCACAGCUGUGAUACUGGGAGGUGAAUGGUAUGCUGUACAGAAGAAUACAUUGACAUGUUUAAAAUGUAUUGACUACAUUUCUAUGGAAUACAAGCUUUUGUUGUAUGGAAUGGAAACUUUUGGAUACCUCAUGGAAGCUUUUUAGGCUUCUUUUAGAUCAAAUAGUUUUCCUAUUGUAAUGGUACCUAUUUAUGUCCUGGAACUUGUAAACUAUGUUUUGUGUAGGUUUGCAGGGUUUUUUCUGUUAUCAGAAUAAUGUCAAAUUGAAUAACCUGGAUGAAAAUUUCCAUUAGUUGUCAUUAUUUUCUGCUAUACUCUAGGAGUUGUUUUAUUUUUACUUCUUAAAGAAGAGAUACCAGGAAGAUAAGCCCACUUCUGAGUCCUGGCUUAUCAUAGCAUAUUCGAGUCUGGUAUCAAAGCAACUAUUUCACAAACUAUAGUCAUAUACAUAAUUCAAUCUCAAGAUAGAACACCACAUUGUGUAUACCAUACUCACUUGUACCUGAAUCCUACCUUGUUCCAAAAGAUGAAGCAAGAGAACUUUCUACUUCUGUUUUGUUAGUUAGUAACCAUUAGUUGUCUUGUCCUUUUUUUUUUUUUUUGAUCACUGUUUUAUAUCAUAAGGAUCUCAGUUGAAAUGUCAGUACUCUGAAAGAAAGCAGAAAGCAUUUUGAACUGAGUAUCUCUGUUAAAGUCAGAGAAUUAAACUGGAUGAAGGCUGGAAAUACAUAUAGCUUAUUAGUUCUUGUUAACAAUAUUGCCUAGAACUGUUUUCAGCUUCAAUAUUUCAUGAAAAAAUCUAUCCAGAUAAUUAGGGGGAAUCAUCUGUGUUUUCAUUGUAACCUAGUUAAAACAUCAUCAGUAUUAUUGAAUGAUACGUUUGCUUGACAGACAUUGUAAUGUCGUUCCCUCCUUUUUAGACACUUCAAGAAGCCAUGUCCAACACAGUGAGAUUUUGCAAGACAUACAAAGCCUCUUCAGGAUUUUGUUUCGAACAAGCCAAUGUGUGAUUUUUUUGUUUUAGUUUUUCUGUCACAUUAUUCCAGAGCAUCAGUAGUUUUUAUGGCUAUUGUCUCCAUUGAAACAUUUGCCAAUGAUCCUUUUGGAGAUACAAAUACUUCUCUGGAUCAAAAAUUGUGUUUUAUGGAAACAGCUUAAAAUAAAUUGCACUCCAUGGUUUCUGUGCUCUUCAAGAGCCUGAUCUCAUCUUAUAUAUAUAAGAUUUGCAAAGGAAUGUUUACAAAGAAAUCGGGAAAUAGUACAAAAAGGAAGGAGAGUUGUCAGAACAAAAAGGAACAAGACUUAAGUCAGAUUGGACAAACAAAAAAUCCAAAAUUUUCGAAUACUUUAAAAAGCACCGUUAAAAAGAUUGCCAAGUGCCCAUCUGCUCGCAACUUAUCAACUGAAGAAGAGGAAAGCAAUAGAGAAUUUUCACUUUCUCCAACAUUCAGUUACAGAGUUGCUAUUGCCAAUGGACUGCAAAGGCAUAUUUUUGUAGCAAACACUAAUAAUGAAGAUAUAGUUCAAGACCUGUCUUCAAAUGAUAGCUCAUGUUCUGAGUCAUUAAGUGAAGUAAAAACGAAUAGCAAGAAAAACGAAUACUUAUCCCACACAAUGCCUGUGCGACGCAACAGGAAGAGCUUGAGCAGCCUGGCAGCCUCUGAUGGAAGUUCGGAUGGAGAGCGCACUUUACACACACUGAAGCUGGGAGCCUUACGAAAACUAAGGAAAUGGAAGAAGAGCCAAGAAUGUGUCUCGUCAGACUCAGAGCUAAGUUCAUGGAGGAAAACAUGGGGAUUAAGAAGUAAAUCUCUGGACAGAACUGGCCGUCACCAGAAAUCAAAUACUCUUGAACCUGGCUUUAGUUCAACAGGUUGUAUUAGCCAAACCCAUGAUGUUAUGGAAAUGAUCUUUAAAGAGCUUCAGGGAAUUAGUCAAAUUGAAACAGAACUCUCUGAAUUAAGAGGGCAUGUUAAUGCUCUGAAACAAUCAAUUGAUGAAAUUUCUAGUAGUGUAGAAGUUGUGCAAAAUGAAAUUGAACAAUUGCGAACUGGAUUUGUACAGUCCAGAAGAGAAACUCGGGACAUACAUGACUACAUUAAGCAGAUAGGCCACCCAGGAAACAAAGCAAGUCUUAGGUUUCUAAAUGUGCCUGAAGAGCGGCUGGAAAAAGCUGAAAGCAUAGUUUACAAAAUAUUAAUGGAAAAAAUGGGAUUCUCAGAGGCACAAAGCACUAUUAAAAUUGAGUUUGCCCAAAGGCUUGGGCAGCAAAGAGACUGUCCAAAUGCAAAGCCAAGACCCAUUCUUGUUUACUUUGAGUCAUCACAACAGAGAGAUUUGAUUUUAAAAAAGUCUUAUAAACUUAAGGGAACUGGCAUUGGAAUUUCUACAGAUAUAUUUUCCCAUGAAAUAAAAGAUAAAAAAGGAAGAGGGCUUCCUUCCUCUCAGACAUAUGAAAGCAUGGAUAUGAAAUUUUUAACAGUGGAGACAAAAUCUAAAAUGCAUGACUGGGAGUCACCUGACAGUGAUAAAGACUUGGAGUCAGAUAUAAAUAAGAACAGUUAUGCAAAAAUAUCUAAAUCAGCAUUUCAGAUAAAAACAAGCACUACAAAGGGGACUACUGAGUCCCCAAACACUAAAGACCUUGACAGAACUGCUGACAAUAGCACCUUUUCACACAGAAGUUAUGACAAUCAGUCACCAGAAUUUGACACUAUGGAAAAACAAUCAAAGGCCUAUUAUUCAGAUGUGACUCCUUUAUGGCAUUUACAGAAUGACUUUGCAACACCAAAGCUUAGCCGUUCAGAAUCAGAUUUCUCAAAAUUGUGUCAGUCUUACUCUGAGGAUUUUUCAGAAAACCAGUAUUUUAGCAGAACAAAUGGCAGUUCAUUGUUGUCUUCCUCUGAUCGAGAACUUUGGCAGCGAAGGCAAGAUGAUUCUCUAAACUGGUAUGGCAGUUCCCAGGAACAGACUUUUGCCCAAGACAUGCAGCAGUAUCCAGAGCAAAAUGAAACAGGGAACAUAGAAACUGUUGAUAGUGGAGUAAGCAAUGGAAUAAUCCGUGUGUCUGGAGAUAUAAACCAUUAUGAUGAUAGUCAGCUUUCUUUACAGGAUGAUCUUUCCCCAUGGAAAAACUGGAAUCAGUUGGAACAAGGGGCAGAUUUGGGCCUAGACUCAUCCACGCAGGAAGUUUUUGUGUAUGAUAUGAGCAGCCCUUCAGACCAACAAACAGAUUUUGGAAAGGGCCAAAGUUCUGACCUCCAGUAUGAUACUGAAAGCUAUGAUUUUACACUAGAUGGUACUUCUCCAUCUUGUCCGGGCCUUGACAGUGAAACACAAAGUCAGUGGACUGGUCAAUAUGAUGAUUAUCAGGAAACAAAUUCUAUCUCCUCUUAUCAGAAUCAAAACAAAUUGCCUAUGAUGUACCGAAGUCAAAGUGAACUACCAAGUGACGACUCGGAGGAAACUGCCCCUAAAUCAUGGCACAGCCGAUUAAGCAUAGAUCUUUCUGAUAAGACUUUCAGCUUUCCUAAAUUUGGAUCUACACUUCAGCGUGCUAAGUCAGCUUUAGAAGUAGUCUGGAAUAAAAGUACACAAAGUUUAAGUGGGUAUGAAGACAGUGGAUCAUCUUUUAUGGGAAGGUUUAGAACAUUAUCUCAGUCUACUGCAAAUGAAUCAAGUACAACACUUGAUUCUGAUGUUUAUGCUGAGCCCUAUUGCUACAAAGCUGAGUAUGAGGAAGAAUUAAUUGAACCAUCUGGUGAGAAUGAAACGGACUAUGUAGAAGUAAUGGAACAAGUCCUUGCUAAACUUGAAAACAGAACUAAUAGUAGUGAAACUAGUGAGCAGAUCCAAGAGUAUGAACUGGACCAGUCUUUGUAUGAAACUCCAUAUGCCAUGCUACCAGAGGAACAAUAUGACACACAGUUUGACAGUGUGAUCAGUGAAGAGAUAUUGGAAGUUGAAAGUGACUUGGCUCCUGAAGUAGAAAUAAAGGAGGAUGAAAAUCAGAAUGUCCCAGAGAUGAUUACUGAAGUUACUGAAAUUCCAAAGAAAAAAAGAGUACGACCAUCAUUUAAAGAAGCUGCUUUGAAAGCGUACAAGAAACAAAUGAAUGAUUUGGAGGAGAAGAUCCUUGCUGGAGAUAGCGGUUCUGUGGAUGAAAAGGCUCGGUUGGUAAGUGCAAGUUCCUUGGAUGCUUCCAAGCUUUAUGCAGUCCAAGCAUUUGCUGGUCGUGGACUGUAUGGAAUUGACAGCAUGCCAGACCUGCGAAGAAAGAAAUCUUUUCCCAUUGUUCGAGAUGUGGCUAUGACCCUUGCAGCUCGAAAAUCUGGUAUUUCCAUGGCCAUGCUCAUGCGGACCUCCAUAAACACUGAUGAAAUGAAAAUACAUGUCUUCAAGAAGACCCUGCAGGCUUUGAUCUAUCCAAUAUCAUCAACUACACCUCAUAACUUUGAAAUCUGGACAGCUACAACUCCCACAUACUGUUAUGAAUGUGAAGGCCUUCUUUGGGGCAUAGCCAGACAAGGCAUGAGAUGCACUGAAUGUGGUGUCAAAUGCCAUGAGAAGUGCCAAGAUCUCCUAAAUGCUGACUGUUUGCAGAGAGCAGCUGAGAAAAGUUCCAAACAUGGUGCAGAAGACAAAACACAGAAUAUUAUUAGUGCUAUGAAGGAAAGAAUGAAGAUUAGAGAGAAAAAUAGACCAGAGGUGUUUGAAGUGAUCCAGGAAAUGUUUAAUAUUUCUAAAGAAGAUUUUGUACAAUAUACAAAAGCAGCAAAACAAAGUGUUUUGGAUGGAACAUCCAAAUGGUCAGCAAAAGUAACUAUCACAGUUCUUUGUGCUCAGGGCUUACAGGCUAAGGACAAAACUGGUUCAAGUGACCCAUAUGUUACUGUGCAAGUUGGCAAAAACAAGCGAAGAACAAAAACUAUUUUUGGAAAUUUGAAUCCAGUAUGGGAUGAAAAAUUCUAUUUUGAAUGUCAUAACUCUACAGAUAGAAUAAAAGUAAGAGUAUGGGAUGAAGAUGAUGAUAUCAAAUCUAGAGUAAAACAGCAUUUCAAAAAGGAGUCAGAUGACUUCCUUGGGCAAACAAUCAUUGAAGUAAGAACACUGAGUGGAGAAAUGGAUGUAUGGUAUAAUUUAGAAAAGCGAACAGAUAAAUCGGCUGUCUCUGGGGCCAUUAGACUGAAAAUCAAUGUUGAAAUUGAAGGAGAGGAGAAAGUUGCUCCCUAUCAUGUGCAGUACACCUGUCUACAUGAGAAUCUCUUCCAUUACUUGACGGAUGUGAAGUCGAAUGGUGUGGUGAAAAUCCCUGAGGUGAAAGGCGAUGAGGCCUGGAAGGUGUACUUUGAUGAUGCUGCACAGGAAAUUGUGGAUGAAUUUGCAAUGCGCUAUGGAAUUGAAUAUAUUUAUCAAGCUAUGACGCAUUUUUCCUGUCUCUCUUCUAAAUACAUGUGCCCUGGUGUUCCAGCAGUUAUGAGUACAUUGUUGGCCAAUAUAAAUGCUUUCUAUGCUCAUACAACAGCAGCAACUAAUGUAUCUGCCUCAGAUCGCUUUGCUGCUACUAACUUUGGGAGAGAAAAGUUCAUAAGGCUGCUGGAUCAAUUGCACAAUUCCCUGAGGAUUGAUUUAUCUAAAUACAGGGAUAAUUUUCCUGCCAGCAAUUCCGAAAGACUCCAGGAUCUGAAAUCAACUGUGGACCUGCUUACCAGCAUUACUUUUUUUCGGAUGAAGGUCCUGGAAUUGCAGAGCCCCCCUCGAGCCAGUACUGUGGUGAAGGACUGUGUAAAAGCAUGCCUGGAUUCAACUUAUAAAUACAUUUUUGACAAUUGCUAUGAUCUGUACUCCCAAUUAGUGGAUCAGAGUAGGAAACAAGAAGUUCCUAAAGAAGAACAGGGACCAACAACAAAGAAUUUGGAUUUCUGGGCACAGCUGAUUACUCUGAUGGUCACCAUUAUAGAUGAAGAUAAAACAGCAUAUACCCCAAUCUUGAACCAGUUCCCUCAAGAGCUGAACAUGGGAAAAAUCAGUGCUGAAAUCAUGUGGACUCUGUUUGCCCAGGACAUGAAAUAUGCUCUGGAAGAACAUGAAAAGCAGCGAUUAUGCAAAAGCACAGAUUAUAUGAAUUUGCACUUCAAAGUGAAAUGGUUUUAUAAUGAAUAUGUGCGAGAGCUUUCUGCUUUCAAGGAUGCAGUGCCUGAAUACUCUCUGUGGUUUGAACCAUUUGUCAUACAGUGGCUGGAUGAAAAUGAGGAUGUGUCAAUGGAAUUUCUUCAUGGAGCACUAGAAAGAGACAAAAAAGAUGGGUUUCAGCAAACAUCAGACCAUGCCCUCUUCUCUUGUUCUGUGGUUGAUGUCUUCACACAGCUCAAUCAAAGCUUUGAAAUUAUUAGGAAAUUGGAGUGUCCUAAUCCAGAAGCACUAUCUCAUUUAAUGAGAAGAUUUGCAAAGACUAUCAACAAAGUACUCGUUCAGUAUGCUGCAAUUAUUUCAAGUUACUUCAGCUCCUAUUGUGAUAAAGAAAAUGUGGCCUGUAUCUUAAUGAACAACAUUCAGCAAUUAAGAGUCCAGCUUGAGAAAAUGUUUGAGUCCAUGGGAGGGAAGGAGAAGAAAGAAGGAGAGAGAUUCUCUUAUGAGCUGGAUGCUGAAGCUAGUGUUGUUCUAAAAGAACUUCAGGUGAAACUUAGCAAUGUAUUGGAUGAACUCAGUGUAACAUAUGCUGCAAGUUUCCAGUUUGUUAUCGAAGAUUGUGUAAAACAAAUGAGCAAUGAGCUGAAUCAAAUGAGAGGAAAUGGGAAUGCAGCAGCCAAUAAGAACAGUGCAGCCAUUGAUGCUGAGAUUGUGCUUCGGCCUCUCAUGGAUUCCCUGGACAAAACUUUGAGUGUCUCUGCAAAAAUCUGUGAGAAGACAGUUCUGAAACGGGUUUUGAAAGAGCUCUGGAAGUUAGUCUUAAACAAGAUAGAAAAACAAAUUGUGCUUCCACCACUGACAGACCAAACUGGGCCCCAGAUGAUAUUCAGUGCAGCCAAAGAUCUUGGACAACUGUCAAAACUCAAGGACCACGUGAUCCGAGAGGAAGCCAAAAGCCUGACCCUGAGGCAGUGUGCAAUAAUGGACGUGGCACUCGUUACUAUAAAGCAAUACUUCCACGCUGGAGGAAGUGGGCUAAAAAAGAAUUUCCUGGAGAAGAGUCCAGACCUGCAGUCCCUCAAAUACGCUCUCAGCCUUUACACACAGACUACCGACACCUUGAUAAAGAAGUUUAUAUCCACACAAACGUCUCAGAGUCAAACUGCUAAUAAUUCAGUGGGUGAGAUAUCUGUACAGGUGGAUGUCUCUACCCAUCCUGGAACUGGUGAGCAUAAAGUCACUGUGAAAGUUGUAGCAAUUAAUAACCUAAACUGGCAAACAACAGCUAUGUUCCGGCCAUUCGUGGAGGUUUGCAUACUGGGUCCUAAGUUAAGUGACAAGAAAAGAAAACAUGGAACCAAGACAAAGAGCAACACCUGGUCACCUAAGUACAAUGAAACUUUCCAAUUCCUGCUGAGUAACGAGGAGAAGGCAGGAGCCUACGAGGUGCACCUGGCGGUGAAGGAUUACUGCUUUGCGCGGGAGGACCGCGUUAUCGGCAUGGCCGUCAUCCAGCUGCAGGCCAUCGCCGACCGGGGCGGCUGCGCCGCCUGGUACCCCCUGCUCAGGAGCAUCUCCGUGGACGAGACUGGGCUCACAAUCCUUAGAAUACUUUCUCAGAGGAACAACGAUGAAGUUGCUAAAGAAUUUGUAAGACUUAAAACAGAAACAAGAUCUGCUGAAGAAACGGCCUGAAAUACCCAAGUAAUGCAAGAUUGUCACCGCCGAGAACAUAAAUACAACGCCGUUGUCUGACUACUGCAUGCAUGUGCAAAUCUGUGGGAAUGUUUCACUAUGUUUUCAGUGUUUGCCAGUACUUAUGUACUAUAUUUGCAAGGUAUGUCAAGGAGCUGUAUAUCUUUUAUACAUAUUUUGGUCUUUGGUAAAGUAAAUGUUCCAAUGAAGUGCCAAAACUAAGAUUAAGAGUAAAUGUUCCAUCAUCUCUUUUUAAAUGUUGAUUUCGCCUCAUCACAAUUUCAUUAUUUUUUAACAUUUAUUAAUAAGUAAGUAGCUUUUUUAAUUGAUAAUAGGUUAUCGCUGUUAAACUGUGUUGCUUAUUUUGAAUUAAGUUACAUCCCUUACUCUUCUUUUAAAAAUGAGGUAUACCUAGUUUUCUUCAAACUCUCAUGUUAUGCAAGCCUCAUUUUAGGUGUCUUAUUGAUGACUUUUUCUAUCAUUACUACAGAUGCAGUUACUUAUAGAAAGUGUUUGUAAUUUUAUAAUUACCAAUAUAAAGUAAUGAUUUUUGCAUAAAAACUGAAAAGGAUGGAAAUAUUUUAUGCUAAUCUCUUUUUCCAACCUUUCAUAAAUAUCACUGUGAAGAAAUGCUGUUAAAGCAGGUUCUCAAGAAGCUGUGCUUAUCAGAGUUUGUUACUGAUGUUUGAUAUCUUGAGAUAACUUUGUUCUUCAAAACUGCCACGGUAAUACCAUAUUUGUAUUAAAAGAGUAAGUCAGUAUCUGUAGAAACAGGUUGCUGUACAGUACAGUAUAUGUGCUUUUAAAAAGUGAUUUUUUAAAUGAUAUGGUACUGUACAAGGGGUAGUAGUUUGGAAUAUGUAAUGCCAGUUUGUGGUUUGUUUCUAGAAAUUGUUUACGAGAAGAAAAGAUGCUGUUAGCAUUUUCUCUCAGAGUUAUUAACGUUGCUUUACAUACUUAGCUGUAACAUCAGUUAAGUGCUUUAUUUCUUUAAUUUUUUUUAGAAAAGUUCAACAGUUUGUACUUAUGCAACAUUACUAUGUAUUGCACUAAAGCAAACUCUGUGUCCUGUAAAUAUAUUUAGUGAGGAAUUGUAAAAUAAAGUAUGCAGAAACUGCUUUCCGUUUUUGUCAUUUGAUAUUAUUUAUGUAACUCUUGGUUUUAUGUGCAUGUAAAGCCCAUGGAGUGGGCUUACUAUAUAGCUUUAUAAUAUAUUAAAGUAUGAUUUGCACUGUCUGGAA